AUGGAUACUGAACAGCGCAUAAUGCAAUUGGAGCAAAGUUUCAACGAGUUGGAACGCUCUAUUAACACACUUGACGCGAUCCUUAAGCAAGGUUCGCCGGACGUAACCGUCCUGGAAAUGCGAGCGUCGGAUCUUGCAUAUAUUUUCGCCGAGUACUCGAAAAACCACGAAGAGUUGAAGCGACUCGACCCCGAUCAUCCGAACACUGCCAAGUUCAUCGAUCUCGACAUCAAAUAUUACACGGUCGCGGCGGAAGUUAACAAAUUGAAUAAAAACGCCGCACCCAAUCCGCUCGCGAAUUCCACGGCGCUAAACUCGUCGUUCUCGUUUGCCGAGAAAACUACCGUAGCCAAAAUCGCGGCGAUUCAAGUUCCCAAUUUUGACGGCAGUUCCAAAAAUUGGGUUUCGUGGAAAUCACGUUUCAAAGCACUGAUCCACGAACGUCCUGGGAUGGCGCCUAGCGUUAAAUUAUCUCAAUUACAAUCGUCAGUCUCAGGCUUAGCUCAAAAGGUCAUCAGUCGGUACGAGGCUACCGACGAGAAUUAUCCCUUAGCGUGGACAGAUUUAUGCAACGCUUAUGACCAGCGACGAGUGAUCGCCAACGAUCACCUCGAUGCUCUCUUGAAUUUGUCCCCUCACGCGAAAUCUACUGCUGAAACAACCGCCGAAUUAAUGUACACGGUUCGCCAGCACGUUAGUAUGUUGGAAGCAAUGGAGAUCAACAUAGGUGAACAACUCGUAGCUCGUAUUCUCGAGAGAUGUCUGCCCGCGGGAAUCUUGUCACGAUGGGUCGAUCGACAAUCGAGCAAUAAGCUGUCCGAGUUCUCGAAAUUGUGCGAGUUCGUUCAGGAUUCCGUAUUCAAGCAGCGCGAGAUGGACGAGCUGCCUUCUAGGAAAAAUGCCGCAAAGAGAGCAGCAAAUAGCAACGCAGCUUAUCCAUCGAAGGUAACCAAGACUGCCGCUCGUUCUCUCCUUACUUCGUCUUCCUCAUCCAUCGACUCGUGUCUUCAGUGUGGUCAACCCCACAGGCUUUACGCUUGCGAUGCAUUUAAGGCCGCUGAGCUAAAGGCUAAGUGGAAGCUUGUCAACACCCAUAAGUUGUGUCGUAAUUGCUUAUAUGUUCAUCCUGUUCCUUGCACUAGUAAAAAUAGAUGUAAGGAAAAGGGGUGCAACAAAGCUCAUCAUACGCUCCUUCAUCCUCACAAGAAUUCGAAGGACUCCACAGAAGUCAACUCACAAUCGUCUAAGGAAACGGACUCUCCGAAAUCCUUAUGA